AUGGCGGAUCGACUUCCACCGCCAUCUCCCCCUCCGUCUUCCUCGAAUGAGGUAGAUGAGGGACACGAUCCCCUGGCUCAGGCAGGGGAUGUAGUAAAAAACAAUAAAAUUAAGCAGUCCCUGAGCUUUGCGGAGAUGGCCCGCAAAAGCUUAUCCAAGAAAGAAGUGCAGACCAGUUGGAAUGCACUUCGUAAGAACGCAGUUGUCCGUGCGUUCAGCACAGAGGUUGAGGAGCACUCUGUGUUUUUCACCCCACACCACGCUCCCACCACCUUCGCUGUCAAGUAUGACAGGAAGACUCACCUCGUCUCUGACGUGGUGGAGGCCAUUCGCCUGGCUUUCCCCAAGGCAGUUGGUCUUGACCCUGUUGUCCCAGGGGUCGUAGUGGUUCUCGUGAGGACACAAAAAGAGGUGGACGAGGCCAUUGCGUCUCCUCCUCUCCCCUGCAAUCCUGCUCCUGUCAGAGCAUACCAUACGGUCCAUUCCACAGGAAGCCGACUCAGGAUUCGGGUUGACCGAAUCACCCUCUCUACUCCGGAGGAUCGUCUGGAGUAUAUCAAAAAUAUCUUUGGUAAAUUUGGCCGUGUAAUCCACACCAAGUUCCAUUACGUCAAGGGAUCGGAGACUCUUUUGCUCCCUUCCUUCGAAUUUGUGUUAGAGCUCUCUGGGGACUCCCCUCGAGACCUCCUUAUCCCCCGCGUGGCCCAAGCUGAGGGUAUUAACACGCUUUUCCACUGGUAUGGGCCCCAGUACUGCUACAAGUGUGGUGAGGAGAACCACGUCAAGCAGUCCUGCCCCCAACCACCCGAGUUCGAUCUCCUCUCGGCCCCUAAAAGAGUCAUUAUGGCUCGCGCGUUCUUGCCUGCGAACGCGCCCGCAAGGGCCCCUCCUGCGGUCCCUCAAGCUCCCAAGGCUACCAAGGGUCCCAAGGCUACCAAGGGUCCCAAGGUCAAUAAGGACACCCCAUCCUCCGACAAGGAGGAAUGGACAACUGUCACCUCCACCAAGAGGAAAAAGGCAGCAAAGAGGACUUCUUCGCGGAGCACAGGCUCAACUUCGGCAUCGGAAAGUGAUGUCCCAAGGAAGAAGAUUACCGCUCGCAAACUCAACACCAAGGAGAGCACCUCUGCCCCCGCCCCCGUAUCUUCCGGUCCCACACAACAGGAGCCAACUGUUUUGAUAGAAGAGAUCAAGGUAGCUGAUGCUGCCGCUUCUCCUUCUUCCUCAACACAAGAUGUCACCUCAGGUCCUGCAGAUACACAUGCGUCUGUGGAUCAGUCUCCAGAGGCACCUAGUGCAGCUGAGACGGCGCCGCUGCCGGAGCCUCUUUCCGUCUCCUCAACUGAUGCCAUUGUUAGAGACGAAGAAAUGGACUUGACUACCGAAAAGACCAUAGAAGAACAUCUUGACUCCUCCUCCUCCUCCUCCUCCUCCUCCCCUGCUCCUCCCCUCCCUGUCCCCUCGGCUAUCCCCAUUGUUGAGGACUCUGAGAUGGAUACCAUGCAAGAAGAAGGAUCAGAAACAGUACUGACGCCAACCAAGCCUCGCCAAGUCUCUGGCAAAGCAGUAUCAGCGGUCUCGUCAAGGCUGAAGCGGACCUUCGUUGACCCUCUCACCGUCUCGAAGGCCUCGCGACCUUCGAGAACACCUACUGCAAAGAACAACGAUGCUAGAUAA